AUGGUCCGCAAAAGAGCGGCCAAGAACCAGAGGGCGGGCGAAGAGACUGCCGAGCGCCCUGCCGCACCCCCGAGCCCUGUCGAUGGGACUGCAGAGCAGGUGACAGAGGCAGAAGCGCUGGCUGCGGUGGAGGCACGUCGCCAGUCGAUCCUGCAGCACGCCGCCACCGUCACUCCCGCCCUGCUGCUGGCUUGGCUGACAGAGGACCUGGGCAUGCCGCAUGCCGCCGUCAAGGUGCACCGAUCAGCGGUGACGCGGAGGGCGCUGGAGGUCUUGGAGGAGCAGGGCCAGCUUCCCGACGCCGGUGUCGGGCCCGCCGGCGCGCCAGACCUGCCGCCCGACUGCCUGCCCGCCGUGUUUCGCCACCUGGACCACGACACGCUGUUCUGCGCGCUGCAAGCCUGCAAGGCGUGGCGUGCCGUGGGCUCGGCGGCAGAUGCACAGGGCCUGUGGGAGCAGCAGUGCAAGCUGCGAGGCUGGGGCCAGCCGGGUGGGGCGGGCGCGGCCGCAGGGGCGGCCCAGCAGCAGCAGCAGCAGCAGCAGCAGCAGCAAGGACAGCAGCAGCAGCCCGGCAUCGACUGGCGGAAUUGGUACCGCCAGCAGUACCAGCGCAGCUGCUUCGACUGCUUCCAGCCCACCGAGCGCCACACCCUGGGGGCCGGCACGCUGCGGGUGCGCCUGUGCCGCGCCUGCUCCGCCGCCUACGUCACCCCCCGCCCACACCACCGCCUGCUGUCGGCGUCGGCCGCCAAGCGCAAGUGCUGCCUCAGGGAUGCAGACCUGGCCCCACUCCCGCGCUGUGUGGAUCCCAACCCUGUGGACCCCGCCUUCCAGCCCAUGCACCUGUACCGGCGGCUGGAUGCGCGCCGUGCAGCGGUGGAUCGCUGGGGCAGCUGGGAGGCGGCGGAGGCGGAGCACCGGCGGCGCCUCACCCGCUAG